ACUAAUUUCAUGUUAUCAAAAACAACUUUCUAGUCAUUCCAGAUUUUAUUAAAAAUCUUCCCUUUAGAAUGUCUGUUUUUGGUUGUCUUGCUGAUUAUGGCAGAACUGUCGAUGCCACAGACAUUGAUGCAUCAAUUUUCCGUAAAAUUAUGUGUUUCACAUACAAAGAAGACAUUCAAAUCCGUUCAAUUGAGGAAGCCAGCAACUUACUUUACGCUGCCAAAAAGUACAAAAUAAUGCAAUUAGACAAAUUAUGUGAGAAAUAUCUCAUGAGCAUCAUUGACGAUGACACAAUCGAAGAGAUAAAUGUUCUUGCGGACACGUACAAACUAAAAACUCUUCGCCGUCUCACAAAACUCCAUCAUUCUCGACCAAAUCCCUCGUUGCCUGCUUCCUGGAUGCGAUUUGAGCCCGGAGGAUCUUUUCCUGAUGGCGCAAUUAUCGCUGGUUACUCCAACGAAGGCAUUCCGAUUUGCAUUGGACGUUGCAUUUACGAGGGAAAUAUUUUGCCGGGACAAGUUGAUCCGCUGAGCGAAAGUAUCGCGAUUUCGCAUGAAGGACAUGCCGUGCAAAUUGUGAAAAAAUUCGAAAUUUUGUGCAAUGGAAAUUUGUUUUGGACUCGUUCGAUGCUGGGAAAUGUCUUGUCAGAUGCAGUUUCGGGCGGAACGACAGAAUUGGGAGAGACUGUGUACAUUGGAAGAGCCGUGCAUGAAGGAACGUUGAAAAUUGGGAAGAUUUCACCGCUGAGUGACAGUUUGAUCGUGCCAAAUGGACAAACGGAAGCUCGUGUCGAUGACUCGUACGAAGUUUUGAUCGAAAAACCUUUAAAUCAGAUUUAAGUCUUAAGUUUUUAUUUAUAAAAUAAUACAAUUCUCAUUAAAAAUCUUA